ACUGUUUUUUUACGUCAAUUCAGAUUAUGGGUGAUGUUAAAGUUAUAUGCCGUCUUUUGUUAAUGGGAUGUAACAGGUUUUGCAACACUCUAAAAAAAUCAUUCUUAAAAGCAUAUUAAUAAUGAAGACAAAAAUAAAGAGGAUAAUUGUCUGUUUCAGUGUUAGAUACUAUACUUCACCAAGUUUAUUUUUAUUAUUAUUAUGACUUAAAAGAUUUAAAAUCACAGUAAAUUGUUUGUUUUUUUAGAAAAGCGCACCAAAUUGUACGCGACUUUUACCUGAUUUUGGAAUUUACGUCACUGAAUUUUUCUCCCAGCCCUGUGCGUUUGAUUUGAUAUUGAGAGCGGUUGAAAAUUUCAAAACAGUGAGAAAUAUCAAAAAUGUAAUUCUACUAGUUGAAACAGUGAAAUGCCAUUUUGAUUUCAAUUAUGAAUCUAUAUAAACAACCGGAAAGCAUAUAAUUAAAUCCCUUAUUCUGUCAUGAGAGUUUGAGAAAAUGUGCUUAGAGUAUUUGUCUAAACUAAUAAUCAAGGUAAAAUAAUAAGGUGAAUUAAAUCUCACAAAGGCUUCUUAUUAUCUUAGUGCCUGCAAACAAAAUGUCCAAUACACCUCCAACAAUAAACAUUAUAAUGUUCAAAACUAUAAACGUAAUAUUAACUGAUGCCGCAUAAUUUUUAAAUUGUGGUUACAUAAUGCAUUCAAUCUUGCGUAGGAAUCUUUCGUUCACUCGCUGCAGAGACAGAGAAACGGAAUUCAAAUCCUUCUGAAGGCGAAAUUGCCGUAUACUUGUUUUCUUUUAAAAUUCUCUUUUCUAUCUUUGUAUUGGUAACAUCAAUGCCAUACUUAAUUGUUUGAAGUGUUUUUUUUCUUUUCAGAAGCUAAAGUUCACAUUUUAUUACACCAAAUUGGCAGCAAAUUGAUCUUUAAUAUAAAAGGUCUAGAAGGUUGUUAUAAUUCACGCUAAUCUUUGUCAAAAAAAUAAUCAUGAAGUUCAUACCAAAUGGAAAAAAAAUUAUUUCAUUAUUAGAAGUAAAAUCUCCAUUGUUAUACUCAUUGUUAAAAUUAUGACGACAGUCAAACUCGUAUUAUCUUUUGUCAUUUAAUCUCUCAUUCUUUAAAAAGUUGAUAAUGUAUUUUAUGUAAGAUAUGUUUUGUUUUGAUAUGAUAAGAUGUAUUUGUUUUGUAUGGCUUAAGUUUAAGUGUUUUAAUGCUCUUAAACAUUUACUAUUCAGUAGUAUACAUUUCCACUUAUGAAUUCCGGUCCUCUUUAGAAGGACACUCUCGAUUGACAUAUAUUAACUCUAUCUCUUCAUUUGAAGAUUUAGUUGCGUAUUUUGAUUGCUAAAGUUAUUGUCAUAAACACAUUAUGGUUUACACAUCUCGUGGAAUUUUAUCUUUAAUUCUGGUGAUCUACCAUUUUGGGCAAGUACGUGUUUAUGCUGCCGAACCAGCAUGCUCUAGGUUCGAGUUCGAAGAACGACUGCUUGCCAAAGUUGUAAAACUGGAACAUACGCUUCAGAAAACCCAGGAAACGCUUGCAUCUUUUCAAUCAUCUACGAGAAAAACUGGAACAACAUAUAUACGCUGGGGUCGCAAUGAAUGCAACAAAAAUGGCACAGAACUUGUGUAUAGAGGUUUUGCCGGAGGAUCGUUUUAUGAACAUAAUGGUGGAGCUGCGAAUUAUCUUUGCCUCCCUGAGAAACCAGAAUGGGGAAAUUACGAUGAUAACGAAAACGCCAAUAGUGCCUUGGUGUAUGGUGGAGAGUACCAACUUAACAACAGGGACACAUUUUUUGACCAUGCAGAUGUGGGAAACAUCUUCCAGCAAGAUGUUCCAUGUGCAGUAUGCAAGACUGAGCGAUCAUCUUUGAUGAUGAUUCCGGCGAAAAGAAAUUGCUUCGACGGGUGGACGAAAGAAUAUGAAGGUUAUUUAGCAGCGGGGUCUAUAUCGACUAGCGGGCCCUCCGAGUACGUCUGCUUGGACGGAAAGCCGGAAAUACUCUACGGCGGAGGUACGAAUGCAAACGGGAAGUUGUUUUACAUUGCAGAAGCGAGAUGCGGCUCACUGCGUUGUCCACCAUACGUCAAUGGACGUGAGCUUACGUGCGUGGUUUGUACUGCAUAGAAACGCACAUAUUAGUAUGAACUUGUAAUAGCAGUGCUUUCUCAUAUCACACCAAAGCGGCAUCCCAACCAUUCGUAAUCACGAAUUUACUUAUUUGCCUAUUUAAACUUUAGUUAAACUGCCUACUUUAUGUAAAAACUAAUUUCAUUAUAUCACCAUACUGUGACGCAAAUACAAAUUUAUGUACUAUGAUUUCUAUACAAAAAGGGAUAAAAAUGUAUUAUAGUAUGUAUAGAUUCAAGCAGUGUGUUUUAGUGAAAUGCUCUCUUUGAAUACAUAAGUGUGUUUUUGUUCAUGUUUACAAAGCACUUGUAGUCAUAUGAUCGUACACGUUAGUUUAAUGAACAUGAGGCAGUAUGUACAGAAUAUUUUGGUUAGAAUACGAUUUAGAAAGGAAAAUUAUAGUUCUUUAACAACAGGCAUAACUUUUGCUAUUGCUGUUUGCUAUCCCUAUUGAAUGAGGUUCACUGUAUAAUACUAAUAAUAAGUUCCAAUUAAGAUAGGUAUUGACACAUUUUCAAGGAAGUAGAAUACAUCCUUAUUUUUAUUUGGACGUUUCACAGAUUCAGGAAAAAGCAAGGUUUUUUCUGCCUUUCAAUGUACCAAGAGUGAUCGUAUAUGUGUGCUUAUUAUGUUUUUUGGAAAAUGAAAUUAUAUGAUUUAAACGAAAUAUGCAUCUAUAUAUUCCGAACAGUUAAUUUAUAAUAAAAAAACAAUAUUCAAAAUAAAGACAGUUUUGUUUUGUUUUUAAG